GAAAUGAUUAGGCUGUGGGCUGGACCGGCUACAGGGAGGAGAGAGAGUCCAGAGAUCCAGAGGACAAACCUGGAAGAUCCAGGAGAUUCUGCUGAACUGGAACCUGUUGGCAAACCUGGGAUACCCUGCUUUACUGGCUGAAAGAAGUAGUGAGGCUCAGACCUGAGUCCUGCACUCAGCAGGCAGGGCCUCUGCAGGCCUGGCUGAAGCUCUCAAGCCUGACUCCUCCUCCAGCCCAGGCUUCUGCAGAGAAUUCACAACAGGAAACCAGCUGAACAUUGCCCAAUCUCCACUCACAGGGUCCAGAGGAAGAACAUCUGCCAUCUGCGCAGACUCUGAUGCCUGCCUGGCUUCCUGGAGGAGCUGUGUCUCUUUCACUUUCAAAAAUACUUUUACUAGCUUAGAAGCCUUGGCCAGGGAAGCACGCUUCAGAGAGCCCCCUAAAAGAGCAGGAGCAGAAACAGUCGUCAGAGACCAGGAUCCACUGGCCUCCUGUUUUGAGCAACAACAAAAGAGACAAGCAAAGCUCUGUCAGCAAGAGCUGCACAGCCAAGCAUCAUCACCAUGGAAGAAGUUCAGUCGAAUAAGGCGAGUGGCACAGAGGAGGCUCAGCAAAAGGGCCAACAGGUCAUGGAUUCCACCCAGAAGUGCGGGGAGCAGAUGCAUCCGGAGCCUCAGCAAACCAAAGCCCCAGCAAAGAAGGACUUGACAAAAGGAAUCAUUUCAGAAAUACAUCAAAGUGGAGAAAGAGAAAAUCUUUACCCCACACAGACCUGGAAAACAAAUGAUGUACCGCAAAAUUUUACACAGCUACUACUUCUACAAAAACCUUGCCCAAGAGGUUGGGAGACUUUUGUUGGGAAAACAUUGCAUAAAUAUAAAGGAAAAGAGAGAGGACAUCUGAUUGAGAUCCAAGACUUAUUUUGCCCAGGCCUGGAUACCCAGAAAGAGCCUCAACUUGUUGUAUUAGAGGGGGCUGCUGGGACUGGGAAGUCAACACUGGCCAGGCAGGUGAGGAGAGAAUGGGAGGAUGGACAGCUCUACAGGGAUCGCUUCCAGCAUGUCUUCUACUUCAGCUGCAGAGAGCUGGCCCAGUGCAAGCAGCUGAGUCUGGCUGACCUCAUUGCAAAAGACCAGACUCUGCCUACAGUUCCCAUUAGGGAGAUCCUGUCUCAACAUGAGAAGCUGCUCUUCAUCCUGGAUGGCAUAGAUGAGCCAGCAUGGGUCUUGGCAGAUAAGAAUCCCAAGCUCUGCCUUCACUGGAGCCAGACACAACCUGUGCACACACUGCUGGGCAGUUUGCUGGGGGGAACUAUCCUGCCUCAUGCUUCCUUGCUGCUCACAGCUCGAACCACAGUUCUGAAAAAGCUCAUUCCUUCCUUGAGGCAGCCAUGUUGGGUGGAAGUCCUGGGUUUCUCUAAGUCUGGAUGGAAGAACUACAUCUACAAAUAUUUCACAGAGGAAAGAGAAGCAAUGGCAGCUUUUAACUUGGUUAAAUCAAACCUGGUGCUCUCAACACUAUGUGGGGUGCCCUGGGUGUCCUGGUUGGUUUGCACCUGCCUGAAGCAGCAGAUGGAUCAGGGAGAAGACCUCUCACUGACCUCACGGACCACCACAGAGCUCUACCUGAAAUACCUUUCCCAGGCUCUCUCAGGUCAUUCCCUGGGGAACCAGCUCAGAGCACUCUGCUCACUGGCUGCUGAGGGAAUCUGCCGAAGAAGGACCCUGUUCAGUGAGAGAGAUUUUCAGAUCCAAAGAUUGGCUGAUGAUGACAUUGCCACUUUCCUGAAGAUUGGCAUUCUUCAAAGGCAACCCGGAUCUCUGAGUUACAGCUUUGCCCCCGUGUAUCUCCAGGAGUUCUUUGCUGCAAUUUUCUACGUCUUGGAGAAUGUGCUAAUAUAUGACCAUAGGGAUGUCUACAUAAUUGUGGAAGCACUAAAGAAAGUAUAUGGAAGACAUGAUCUGCUUGAGGCACCCACGGUGCGCUUCCUAUUUGGUCUUUUAAAUGAAAAAGGAAAAAGAGAAAUGCAGGAGAUCUUUGCCUGCAGUUUGCUUCAGAAGAAAGAUUGGUAUCUGCCAUGGUACAUCAUACAGGAAGCUGAAUACAAUAAACAAUAUCCUCUGGGUUUACUCCAUUGUCUGUAUGAGAUUCAGAAUAAGAAGUUCCUGACAGCUAUAAUGCAGAUUUUUCCGAAAAAGAGGACACAUUCCCCAGUGGAUAUGCUACACCCAAUGUUCCUGAGAAACAUUAACCACCUGGUGGUCCAGACAGAUGUGGAGCUCAUGGUGUUCACUUUUUGUAUUAAGUUCUGCUGCCGUGUGAAGAGGCUUCAGCUGGAUGGUGAUGGACAGCAGGGACCAACACUGGUGGCUUCCCGGACGGUGCUGUCCAGGUGGACUCCGAUCACUAAUGCCACUUGGCAGGUUCUCUUCUCCAAUCUUGAGUUCACAGGAAGUCUGCAGGAACUAGACCUAAGUGGAAAUCCACUGAACCACUAUGCAGUACGGAGACUCUGUAGGACACUGAGAUGCCCUGGAUGUCAACUAAGGACAGUGUGGCUUGUCAACUGUGGCCUCACAUCCAGCAACUGUGAGGACCUGGCCCCAGUGCUCAGUGCCAGCUCCAGCCUGACUGAGCUAGACCUGCAGCUGAAUGACCUGGGAGACCAUGGUGUGAGGCAGCUGUGUAAGGGGCUCAGGAAUCCUGCCUGCAACCUCAGAAUCCUGUGGCUGGACCAGGCCCAUCUCAGUGACCCAGUGAUGAAGGAGCUCAGGGCCCUGGAGGCAGAGAAUCCACAGCUGCUCAUCUCCAGCACAUGGAAGCCACCUGUGAUGGUCCCUACUAAGAACCCAGGUGGAGAAGAAAUGAGUGACAACCUGACCUCAUUCAAGCAGCAAAGACUACAGUCAGAACAAAAACACAUGGAAGCACUGAGGACUGAAGAUGACUUCUGGGGCCCUACAGGACCUGUGACUACAGAGGUGGUUGACAGAGAAAGGAACCUGUACAGAGUUGAGUUCCCUGUGGAUGGUUUCUACCACUGUGCCAACAUAGGACUCUCCUUUGUGGUAACAAGGGCAGUAACCAUUGAGAUUGGAUUCUGUGCCUGGAGUCAACACCUGGAUCAGACUACCUUGCAAGACAGUCACAUGGUGGCUGGACCUCUGUUUGACAUCAAGGCUGAGCAGGGAGCUGUGGCUGCUGUGCACCUCCCUCACUUUGUGAAUCUCCAAGAGGGACAGGUGGACAUCUCCUGGUUCUGUGUGGCCCACUUUCAAGAACAUGGGAUGGUCCUAGAAGUACCAGCCAGAGUGGAGCAAUGCUACAUAGUCUUGGAAAACCCAAGCUUCUCCCCAAUGGGAGUUCUUCUGAGACUCAUGCCAGCUGUCAGACAUUUCAUCCCAAUCACUUCUAUCACGUUGAUCUACUAUUACCUCAAUCUCAAGGAUGUCACCCUUCAUCUCUACCUGAUCCCCAAUGACUGCACCAUUAAGAAGGCUAUUGAUGAAGAAGAAAUGAAGUUUCAGUUUGUUCGAAUACACAAGCCACCCCCAGUAGACUCUCUUUACAUUGGCUCACGGUACAUAGUGUCUGCUUCCAAGAACCUGGAAAUCAUUCCAAAGGAACUGGAGCUGUGCUACCGGAGCCCCAGGGAAGCCCAGCUCUUCUCUGAGAUCUAUGUUGGCCACAUAGGUUCAGGGAUUAAACUGCAAAUCACAGACAAGAAGAAUGGAAAUCUCAAGUGGGAAGCCUUGCUGAAUCCAGGUAAAAUUAGUUUAGGUCCAGAUACCCCAAAGGCUGAAGAAAGGGACUGAGUGGGGAAGGUGUGUUGUCAUUAAUUCUUGGUGUCACGUAAUAGUCAGAUCAGUUAUGUGGCUUUUGCUAGAUCCCAAACAGGAAGUUAGAGUUAAGAGUGAGAGCAAGGUGGAGAAGAGGAACAGAAAAAGGUGAAGAGAAGGAGAACAGAAGAGGAGCCGGGACAGAGAGGAGAGGAGAGUGAGAGAGAAGGAGAAAGAGGAGGUGGGAAGCCUAUUCCAGGACGUGCCUCCAGUGACCCAGUUUCUCCAACUGUGCACUCUCAUGGUUUCCAAUACCACUCUCAGUGUUCAUGCAAUUAUGAGUGAACUAGUGUAUGUGUUCAUUCAUCACACCACAGUCCUCAUGACAGUCACCCCCAAUUAUUGCUACGGAACCAAUCUUUCAACAUAGGAUCAUGGAACAUAUUACAUCCAAACCACCGCAUACCCUAAGCCCCAUUUCCUCAGUCUAAUAUCAUGAUUUCUACUCCCAAUGCCCUAGAAAUAACAGAUUUUGAGAUACACAAAGUAUCUAAUAACAGUUCACAUUAAAUUUGUGAGCAGUGAAAAUGAAGAGAUUUUUUUCCAUCAUGAGAGU